AACCCUAUGGUAACCUCUAGUCGCUAUAGUCCACGCCUGGUCUUCAUGUUGUUGAUACCAGUGGUUUUUAUUAUUUCUAAGUAUCACAUUCUUGUUUUUAUAUUUAUUACCUGUAUGGAUUUAUCAAACAAUCAGUGAUAUACUUGAAUACUCGAAACUUUAUGUAAAAUGUUAGACAAUUAUGGAAUAAACAAUUGGCAGUUACUCUUGGAUUGCUUGCUGAUUGACUUUGUACAGGCAGGAAAACUUACAGCUUUUAACAAGUUGUCAAACAAAAAUAAAAUUAAAUACUGCUAUACAAACAAAAUAAUCAAUGGAAGACUCACAGCCUUCAUUGAGGCUGUAAAACAGCAGCAACGUUUUGAAAAGUCUACCCAGAUUUCAAAAGAGUAUCGUGAACGGGGAAACAAAGCUUUUGCCAAAAACGAACUGUCUCAAGCACUCGACUUUUACACCAAAUCUAUUUUGUAUGCACCCGUCACUAGUAAGGAGCAUGCGCUUUCUCUUGGUAACAGGUCUGCAGCCCUUUUUUUGAAGGGAAAUUUCCAGGCUUGCGUAUUAGACAUUGACUCUGCUAUGAACAUCACAUGUAAAAACCAAAUUGUUGAAGAUGAUAAAUUGUAUGAAGUCAAACUCUUGGUUAGGAAAGUGAAAGCUCAACUCAAAUUAGGUCAGGAAGAUGGGAAACAAACACUUUCAAGAGCUUAUGAAUUGAUUCAAGAUUUAAACAACAAAUCUUUUCAAAAUGACAAGCUGAACAAAUUAAAAAAAGAAGUAGAUGGAAUUUUAGAAGCAAUAAACGAAGACAUAAAAUUAAAAAACGAUCAAAUGAAAUAUGAAUGCUGUGUGGAAAACUACUUGGCGAAUAUUCAGUCGCAAUUUGGAGAAAAUCCACAAUUAAAAUAUACUUCAAACAAAAUUGAACUCAAAGAAACAGAAGAAAAAGGAAGGCAUAUUAUUGCUAAAGACGAUGUGUUUUGUGGUGAUGUGUUAUUUAUCGAAGCACCAUUUGCUUUUGUAACACUUCCUGAUCCACAGCAUACUGUUUGUCAAAAUUGCUGCCAAACUGAUCUCGAUAAUCCUGUUGGAUGUGACAAAUGUGCAGAAGGGAGUUAUUGCAGUGAAAUCUGCAAAAAUGAGGCCAAUAAAAGUUUUCAUUAUUUAGAAUGUGGCUUUGGUCUUGAUAUCUUGUACAGUAUUGGACUCGCCCAUUUGUCCUUAAGGCUCGCCAUUUAUGGUAGAGACAAAACAAAACAGGAUGAGUAUGAAAGAGUAAAGGGUCUGCUGAGCAACCUCGAUAAGAUCGAAGUUGAAGAUUUUUUCUUGUAUUCACUGACUGCCACUCUCUUGCUGAUUUAUUUAAAAAAUCAUACAGGAUUUUUUAAAAAAGAAUCUAUUGAAGAACAGUAUGAAUUUGGAGCUGCCAUACUCGAACACCUCGGUCAGUUGAUAUGCAAUGGGCAUGCUAUUGUCAGCUAUAGCAUGUCACACAGAAAUAAUAGCCCCAUUGCUGCUGAAGAACAGAGAAGAAUUGGCACUGGCAUCUUCCCCUCAGUUAGCAUGAUGAAUCAUGGAUGUGAUCCUUCAGUUAAUGCAAGUUUUGUGAAAAGUUUGUUGAUUGUAAAAUCUGUGAAAGAUUUAAAAAAAGGAGAGGAAGUUUAUAAUUGCUAUGGACCAAAUUUCAGGAGGAUGACAACCAAAGAAAGAAAAGAGGCAUUAUUGGAUCAGUACCAUUUUUCUUGUAGGUGCAAUGCAUGCCAAUCGCCGACAGAAUUUUGCACACAAUUUAACAAGCUUUGGUGCACAUUUUGUAAAUCAGAAAUCAACCUUGAAACAUUCAAAUGCACAUAUUGCCUUACGGAGUUUGACGUGUUGAAGAAACAACUAUCAAAUUUGGAUAUGUUGAAAAAAGAAGCUGAAUGCUUGAUAAACAGAGAUGAAUGCGAGAAAGCCCUUGACAUUUUGAAGAACAUUUCUUCAAAUUUGUCGUGUUAUGUGAAAAACUGCAAUAAAGAACUGAUGGAGAUUAAUGAUAUCAAAGCUGUAGCAUUUUGCAAGCUUUGCAAAUGGGAUCAGAGUUUUCUCAGUAUUGAAAGAUCACUUUAUUUUGUAAAGCAAAUAUAUGGAGAAAUGAGUCUCGAAGUCGCAAAUGAAAUUGUUAAACUUUCUGAUGUUGCCAUUGAAAUAAUAUCAAAUAAAGUAUUACUUAAAAACAAUGUAUCAAUGUUGCAGCGGUGUCUGGUUUAUUGUAAAACUGCAUUAAAUAUUUACAAUUUGUACUAUGGCCCAUAUCUCAAAAAAUAUAUUGAUCUUCAAGAAAAGAUUUUGAUAUUACAAAAUAAUUGUUAAUUAUUUAUAUAGACAAUAAUUGUAUAAAU